UAAAGGUAUAAAAGUGGAUCAAAUAAUUAAUUUCGCCUUCAUUUUAUCAUCUCCACUAUUGGUUUGUAGUAAUUUCUCAUCUUUAUAUUGAUUAAUAAUCUAAUUAGAAAUGAAAGUUUUCUCUGUAGUUUGUGUUCUUUCGUGGGCUAUUUUGGCCUCAGCUAAUUACGACGGCCGACGUUCUGGUGUCGGUGCUGGUAUUGUGUCCAAUGAUAACUUUAACGGUGUUGGUGUAGGUUUUGGAUCUGAAGGCCGAGGAGGUCGAGGAAAUGGUUUCGGGGUUGGUGUCGGAGUGACCAAAGAUGGUUAUGGUGAGCCCGAUGGAUUUGCUGUUAAAAUUGGAGGCGGUGGACGAGGUCGAGGUGAAUCCGAUGAUUACUCUAGAGGUAACAAUGGAGGCGGUGGUGGUUUCCUUGGAUCUAUUCUUGGUGGAGCCGCUUCUAUUGGUACUGGUGCUAUUCGAACCAUUUUCGGUGGCGGUAAUGGCGGUCGACGAGAACGUGUCGUUGAACGGGAACAACCACAACAACAACCUCAAGUUAUUUACGUUGAACGUGAACGACAACCUUCCCCUCCCCCACAGGUCAUCUAUGUUGACCGAAAUGGUAACUCCGGUUCCAACGGUGGAUAUCAAAAUGGUGGAAACGGUGGAUAUCAAAGCGGAGGAAAUGGUGGUUACCAAGGUGGAAACGGUGAUCAAUCUGGUGGCUCAUCGAAUGGUGGUGGAUUCAGCGGAUCUGCUAAUUCUGGCUCAUCAGCUAAUGUUGAUGCCAAUGGCGGUGGUUACAAUGGCGGCUCAGUUUCUGGCUCAGCCAAUUCAAACUCAAAUGCUGGAGUUAACUACAAUGGUGCUGGAAACGGAAACCUCAGAGCUUCAGCUUCAUCUAAUUCAAAUGCUAAUGUUGAAUUGGGCUAUUAAAUUGUAACUAAAUUGUCAUUAAAGAGCAACAAUUAACCUCUAAAUAAAAUCAAUCAAUAUUUCUUAUUUUUCUCUUA